AUGGGAAAUUGCUGCUCACAUUUUGGCAGUUCUGAUGAGAUUGAUGAAGUUACUCCGCUUCUCCCUAAUGAAGGAAUUCAAAGAACUGCCCCUACUGCUGAAGCAGAUAUGAGCUUGAGGAAACGACAAAAAGAAGAAGAACUAGAAAGCAAAGUUUACGAAGAUGCAAAGAAUAAAUUCAUUGACGUAUUUUCUAUGCGACUAAGGACGGAGCCUCUUGAAAGAACUCAGGAUGAAAGCACUUAUGAGGAGUUGAUGGAUCAAAUGAACUCGUUGGAUUUAGCGCCGGAAUAUGAAACGAGUACACCGACAGAUCAAGAUCGAGAGUUUAUCCAAAAGAAGCUAGACCUCUUUCUUCGGGAGAUUAAGAGUAUGAAGUUUGACACAGACAUGAUUCGAGGAAAAAUGAUUGUGAACUUGUCCAAAGUGAAGCCGACAAUGAGUGAAAGUCCUUCUUAG